AUGAACAUCCGGAGAUAUAUGUCGUGCCGCCAUAUUUUCUUUCUUUUCCAAAGUCUGUCGUAGCAUGACGACGGGUCUUCAAAAUAAUUAUCGAAUUAUUUUUGAAUAAAACAAGUGAAUUUAGUUUAAAAAUGAGUUUAUCGGCAUCACGCCCACUCGUGAGUAUUUACUCCGAGAAAAAUCAAGCUAUCAAGGACAAAACCGUCGCAUUGCCAACAGUUUUCAAGGCACCAAUCCGACCUGAUAUUGUCAAUGAAGUUCAUCAAUUGAUGCGUCGUAACAACCGUCAAGCAUACGCUGUUAGCGACAAAGCUGGUCACCAAACAUCAGCUGAAUCAUGGGGAACAGGGCGUGCUGUUGCCCGUAUCCCACGUGUUCGUGGUGGUGGUACUCACCGCUCUGGUCAGGGUGCUUUCGGUAACAUGUGCCGUGGUGGUCGCAUGUUUGCACCCACCAAGCCAUGGCGCAGAUGGCAUCGUAAGAUCAAUGUCAACCAACGCCGUUUCGCUUUGGUUUCAGCCAUCGCUGCUUCAGGUGUUCCAGCUUUGGUUCAAUCAAAAGGACACAUCAUCGAUGGUGUUUCUGAAUUCCCAUUGGUCGUUUCGGACGAAACACAAAAAUUGACCAAAACCAAGCAAGCUGUUGCUCUUUUGCGCCGUCUUCGCGUAUGGGCUGACAUCCAAAAGGUGUACAAGUCCCAACGUUUCCGUGCUGGUCGUGGUAAAAUGCGUAACCGUCGUCGAAUCCAACGUCGAGGACCAUUGGUUGUUUACUACAAGGACGAAGGUAUCCGCAAGGCGUUCCGUAACAUUCCUGGUGUCGAUACAUUAGCAGUUGAUAAGCUCAACUUGUUAAAAUUGGCACCAGGUGGUCAUGUUGGUCGCUUUGUCGUCUGGACCGAAUCGGCAUUUAGCCGACUUAACGAUCUGUUUGGUACUUGGGACAAAGCUUCAACCAUGAAAAAAGGUUAUAAUUUGCCACAACCAAAAAUGGCCAACACCGAUUUGAGCCGUUUGUUGAAAUCCGAAGAAAUUCGUUCGGUAUUGCGUGCACCGAAGAAGAUACAAUUCCGUCAUGUGCGUCGUCUUAAUCCAUUGGUUAACAAACGUGCAUUGGUUAAACUUAACCCAUAUGCUGCCGUUCUUAAGCGUCGUGCUAUUUUGUCAGCUGAAGCUCGUAAACAUUCUAGCAAUUUGGAAGAUGCUAAACGUCGUGGUGUUAAAUUGACAAAAUCAAAUCCAUCAGUCAUUUUUGCACGCGCAUUGGAAGUACGAAAGGCUCAAUUGAAAAAAGCCGCCGCUGCCCGAAAAGCAAGAAAGGCCACCAAUGCCAAAAAAGCACCAGCCAAGAAGUAAACAGUGUAACGUUUUUUUAAAACUUGUUCAACACUAUUUACCUUGAUAAACCAUAAUAAAACACUAUAAAAAUUGAAGGAAAGAAAUAUAA